GUUUUGCCGUCGUCGGUGCUGUUGCUGGGUUGCUGAACGUUAUUUAGUUCCCAAAUGUCAAGUGCGCUCUGUGAGUGAUUGUUAUUCCAUUCAUCCUUUUGUCGGGGCCCUAUUGUUUCGAGUUCGCUUGAGGUGAUCGCAAUAUCGGGCAAGAAAAAAAUGUGCCAGUGCUAAUUGUUUGGCCAGUGGGUGGAAAACCAAAUAAAAAAUAAAAAGAAACGAAUGCAAACAGUGAUUUUGUUUUAGUAACGAAAGGCCUACCCAGUGAAAACCGUCUUGCGGCAGAGGUUUUUUUUUCUUUUACUUUGCAAAUAGUGUUUCUUCGCCUGUGUAUGCGCGGCUGACAGCGAAGAAGUAAGCGGAGGAAGAAAGUGAAAUAAUUCAGUUGGGAUUUUGAAGUUCUUGUUUUUGUUCAAUGGUGUACGGAUAUUAAAGUGCAUAUGUUGCUGGUUGCAGCAAGCUAGUAGGUUUGAUUUUGAAAGACGAGAUAUUUUUGCUGUCGCUGGACAUUUCACGAACGGCAAGACAAUUCCUAGAAACUCGAAAUAAGGCAAUCUACACCUCUACGAGUACGACGAUUAAAUCGCCUGCGUGAGCAGGACAGAGAGAGUGAAAUAGGCGGUAUCCUCAUCCAGAACUCAUUUGCCCGAUGAUCGAUGACGAAUGAUCGACCUGCCGCUACCAUCGUCCGCACUCUUUCGCUCCCGUCCGUACGGAUUGUACUGCGGCAAGACAAGCACACCAAACCAAACAAGUGACGAUGAAGAAGUAGUGAGUUCACCCGAUCGGAAUCCAAACAAGAUCUGCUUGCUGUAGUGUCCAGCAGGCGAGUACAGUGCCGAACACGGGCUGCCGAAGCAAACCUCUGCCUCCCGUGUGCCGACGCGCUCUCCUCGUCUAUUUCUCUCUCUACCUCUCUCUCACUGGUUCUGGCUCGAGCUUUGGCUAUUCCAGAACACGGUGCGGCAGUGUGUCGGAAAACACAACAAAAUAUCCGUCACCAUCGCUGAUUUGUUGUUCGGCCAUGAGAUCCAGUCGGCCUGCUCCGCAAUAAACGGCCUCAUUAGAGUCAACGAUCUUCGUAAUGUGUAAAAACUUUCCAGAAAUCAUUUUCGAAGUCUAGCGUGAACUGCCGUUAGGUCGCGGUUCCGUUCUUAUCUCGAACGCGACGUCGACCGAGGUCGGUCAGUCAGUUGGACCGAGCUGCCUGACGUGUGGUUGUGCAAAAUUGGUGUGCCGGUGUGUGUGAGUGUGCUUCCGUGCUCAAGUGUUCUUGUUUUUUUUUGCUUCCCAUCGUUAGUAUACAACCCACAGCCACUACAAUUAAGUCAUUGUUCGUUCGAUCUGUCAGUCUACUAGCCGUUAUAACCCGUAGUGUUCGUGUUUGUGUUUUCGAUGUGUUGUCGUCGUUAAUAAUAGGAAAGAAAGAGAAGAAGAAAUAAGCAGAAGUCUAGUUAGUAAAAGUUCCCAGAAAAUAUAUGUCACCAGAAAAAAUUUUUUUUGAUUAAGUAAAGUAUAUAACUAAGAUAAUAAGAAUAAUUCGUGGCGUCGCGCGCUGAAACAGAAAAGGAAAACCAAAAGAUACAACACGACAGCAACCGAAGAAAGAGUAUCAGAAUCGCUGGUGGUGGUGGUGGUAGUGAUGGCGGUGUGGUGCCAGUGAUUUUUCAGUCAUGCUCCGAAGAAAGUGCGUCCGCUAAAACCAUCGGAAAAUCCCACGGAACCUUGGCGGGCUGGGCAAGCUCGAGUGUGCUCAAGCUCAGUAAUCUUUUUCGCCCAUGUUUUAUUUUAUUUUUUGAUGAUUUUGUAAUGAUCAGUUGAGAGGUGCAGUGAAAGAAAAAAAGAUCAGAGCAAAAAUUCCGUGUUUCCAGUGUUUUUUUUUCGUGUGUGAGCAGCGUAUUAUCGGUGGUACGCUGUUAUUGUUGUUAGCUCGUGUGAUCGUGUGCCCUCGCUAGUGGAAAAGAAGAAGGUGAAACCCGAGGGCGAAAAGCGUGGAAAUUUCUCCCGAGUUUAGUUGGUUACGUUGUUGUUGUUGUAGUUUUUUUUACUUCAACUAUCUUCGAUUGUGCACAUCGGGGUAGCUGUUGGAGCAUUUGUGCGGAGCGGCCGAUAGGCGGGCGGAGAAGAAGCAGAGGCAGCAGUCGACUUGUAAACAAAAGUUGGAUCAACAACAUGCGCGAAUUCAAGGUCGUUGUACUGGGCUCCGGGGGGGUUGGCAAAUCGGCCCUCACCGUGCAGUUUGUAUCCGGUUGCUUCAUCGAGAAGUACGACCCGACGAUCGAGGAUUUCUACCGGAAAGAGAUUGAGGUGGACAACUCUCCCUGCGUGCUCGAAAUUCUGGACACUGCCGGCACCGAACAGUUCGCAUCGAUGCGGGAUUUGUACAUUAAGAACGGUCAUGGCUUUAUUGUUAUGUACUCGCUAACGAAUCACCAGACAUUUCAGGACAUCUCCAGUAUGCGAAAUGUGAUCAGUCGUGUGAAAGGUAGUCAACCAGCACCAAUCCUCCUAGUCGCCAAUAAACUAGAUUUAGAUUGCCAAAGAGAAGUCUCGACAGCAGAAGGAAGCGCCCUCGCCGAACUGUGGGACUGCCCGUUCAUCGAAGCCUCCGCCAAGGACCGGAUCAACGUGAACGAAGUGUUCGCCACCGUCGUCCGGGAGAUGAACAUGACCUCCGAGAAGCGCCAGAAGAAAAGCUACUGCUGUUGUACAUUAUUAUAGAAGUGGCAUUAAAAGCGUAAUUUUAACCCCCUUAAUCGUAAUUUAAUAUUAUGGCAAUUGAAAUUAAUAUAAUUACAAAACCAGAAACAGAAACAAAAAGGGAGUAAACAACAGAAAAAAAACAGACCUAUCCAAGGGUGGAGAAAAUUUGAAGAAAAAAAAAAUUUAGCACCGCGCGCAGAAGGCGGCGGAAACUAUUAGUAGAUGUUUUUUGGUUUAUUUUUAUUGCUUGCAGGGUAAAAGUCGCGAGUGUCUCGGUCGCAGCCAAAGUCAGAAUGCGACCGGACUCAGAAAUGCAGGAAUCGAGCAAUUAAAACCAUGCCGAACCAAACCGGCGGCAAAGGAAACCUAAAAAAAAAUGAAAAACUUAUAUACAUAUUAAAUGUAAUGAUAAUAAUUAAUGGUAAACUUAACUUUACACCGAAUGAGUAACAAUUUUUCGAGAUAGCAGUUAAUUGUGCGCGAGUAGAAACCGGGGUGCGUAGCAGCGAAAGUGCGGUCAAAUUUUAAAAUGGGGGUGUUUUACAAACAAACAUAGGCUGAACGAUUUAAGCGAAACAAGGUCGGAAAAUGAUGAAGCGAAACAGACGAAGGCAAAAGGCAAAAUGUUUAGAGGGACAGGAGAGGCCAUAGCCGUACCCACCCGCGUCAGUGUAUGUAAAUCGAACGAUUAAUGGUAAGGAAAUAACACUGUUUAGGGUAUAUUUUUAGCAAAGAAGAAAAAGAAGAAGAAGAAGAAGAACGGAAAGUAUGUUUUUCCAUUAGUCAGAAUCAAUUUCUUUCGGGUAAAGAUUGAGAUAUAGACUUGAUCGAUUUUUUUUUGUUUGUUUCGUCAACUGAUCGGUUGAUUCAAAGAAGCUUUUUUUUCGUUUUCCUAGAACGGUACGUGAAAGUGAUGAUCAAAAGCAAAACUACGAAUGUUAUGUAAUAGUUUAGGUAAUCUAGCUCUUUUAACUCCGCCUACGGUAUCAUUCUAAAGGUUUUAUACGCAAUCAAAAUGUUUUAUUUUUUUUAAUACUAUUUGCCACUUCCUCUAUGUUUACCAUAAAUCUGUUCUCGUGUAAGAAAACUCUUUAUUUUGUAAUAUAAAUAUUUUACUCUAUCUCUGAACGCUGAACGACGAGAUUUACGGAAAGAGAAUAGGAGCACAUUGGAUAAUCUAAAAUAUGAAAAAUCUGCAAAAAAAAAACAAAAAAAAUAAAGGUGUAUUCGAGUGAUGAAACGUAUAUAUGCAGGAAUCAACCGUUGGGAAAGAAAAUAUAUUGAUCAAGAGAAAGUCAUUUAGCAUGAGAACGAAUAAAUCAAACUGGCAUAUACAACAUACAUGUAGGUGUAACAAGAAAACAAGAAACAAAAAUCAACCUAUUUUUAUCAUUACAUUUUUGUAUACACAACUGCAGCAGGCACAGAAUCACACCGAAAAAAGGAAGGAUUGAAGACGAAAGUAACCGAGGAAAUGCCGUGAGAAAGGGAAGAAUUCCAAUAGUGAAAUAUCAGAUACAAUGUGUAAUUGAAAACAAAAACUGAAACACGAAAAAUAAAUAAAAAAAAUUAAAA